CUGCUUCAGUAACUUCGAUACCUUCGAGUGAGUGAGUCACGUCCGAUCUCGAACCCGUCCGCCUAUCGAGACGCGCCAAAAUAUUUCUAUCUACGAUUAUUUCGUGUUAAUUUUCGUCGAUAUUCUAUCGUGUCGUUAAUAAUGUCGCGAUUCGUUUGUCCACGAUGAGAAGAAGACAGAUUGGCUUAUUGCGUUUUACAUAAUGUAAUAAACGUAUAAUGGAAUGGUGUAUAACCUGUUUGUAAACACGACAGACGCGCGACCCAAACGACUCAAAAUUCUCGUAUAUUCUACGCCGAACAUGAAAUUGAAUAUUCGUCGCGUGAGAGUGAGUGAAUUUUGACGCAAUUAUAUACGAUACGCAAUUAUUAUAUUUGCGAAAUUUUGACGAUAGUGGCGUCUGUGGCGUCUGUCCAAACAUCGAACAAUCGAACUUUCAAAUCGAUCGCUGAUUGGCUAUAUCGAAUGAGCGAUAUUUCCAUGUAGUGUCGUUCGUCUGAUUUUAUUCUUCGAUUACACUCGUUCGUUCCAUUGUUUCCAAAGCUGUUCGUUCCGAAGCUUUCGCUAUGAAGGUGAUCUACUUCUUCACGAUUCUCUGGACGCUAGCUGUUUCUACGUUCUGCGAGCCAGUGAACGAACCUCCGAAAACGAAACUGACGAUUCUAAAAUGUUGUCGACACAUGGAGGAGUUGGAGAAAGAAUUGGACAGUGACAUGGACGCCAGGUCUCGUUGUGUACCGACUCAGUACGAUUGGAAACCUGUCAUCUAUUCGCCUUCCAAACAAAAGAUGUUGGAUACUCCGCCAGAAGAAUGGAAUAUCGUCGAAGGAAAGAAGCCAGAUUGCAAAGACAAUUCGGUGUUAACCUAUGUGCCGUACAGACUCACGAAUCCAUUUGUGAUCAUGGACGAUGGUCAUGUGCUUCCCGACAUACACGUGAACGACACAUUCGAACCGAACGAAUACUGCGCCGAUUCUAAUGCCUUGCUCGUGUGUAUGAAAAAGAAAAUAGGCAGUCAUGCGGCUAAUACGAUGAGGCCACGAGUUAGACAAUGCUGUGGAGAAAAUGCGGCUUUCUACGAAGAAAUACAUUCGUGCGCCCAUCUGAAGGAAGCCGCGAACCCAACACCUUUAUUGCCGAAUGCGUCCACCUCGGUCGAGAUAGUGCCCGGUUUCCCAACGUGUCCUCGUUCCGACAACUUUACGAUUUUGGGAGAUGCGAAGGAUGCCGUGUUAUUGCCGGAUGGAGGCCUGAAAAUCGACGGAGUCACUUUACCCAGUGGCAAGUUCUGCGUCGAGAGGAUCAAGGAAUUGAAUCACGUGUCCAAGGUCUUCGCUUGCUCCGAGAACGCAUCGCAAAAACCUAUAAUGCAAGCGGCCGACAUCAGGUUCACCUUGUACCCCGUGGGCUUCAUCAUUAGCGUGGUGUUCCUGGCAGCCACGUUGGCCGCCGGUUGGCUGCUGCCAGCCUCUCAUCACGUUCUGCAUUGGCGCUGCCAGACUCAUCAUGUCACCUGCCUGAUGCUCGGUGAUCUUCUCAUGGCCAUCAUUCAACUCGCCGGAGACUCCCUUCACGGUGUAAACUGUAAAGCGCUCGCAAUCAUGGCUCACUUCUUCUUCCUUGCCGCGUUCUUCUGGCUGAACACGAUGUGCUUCAACAUCUGGUGGACGUUCAGGGAUCUGAGACCGGCGAGCUUGGAGAAAGGCCAAGAGACCCUCCGACUACGAGUGUACGCCUGCUACGCGUGGGGUGGCCCCCUUCUGGUCGCCGGUUUGGCCGCCCUUCUCGAUCAUCUUCCGCCCCAACCUCAGUACACGUUCCUCAGGCCCCGUUUCGGCGUGAAACAGUGCUGGUUCUAUGAUGACAUGGCGAUCUUGGCAUACUUCUUCGGCCCCAUCGGCUUCUUGCUCGCUGUCAAUCUUCUGUUUUUCGCUGCAACCGCCCGUGAGCUAACGUGCGGUCUAUGGAAAGGCGAAUUCGUGAAAAGCACCACGGAACGAGCCGCAUUAGGCCGCGUGUGCAUGAAGCUGGUGGUUGUGAUGGGCGUCACCUGGGUGGCCGACGUGGUCUCGUGGGCGGUCGGUGGCCCUCAAUACAUCUGGUACUUCACCGACAUGAUAAACGCGUUCCAGGGCGUGCUAAUCUUCGCGGUGGUUGGCUGCCAGCCCCAGGUCCGCGCCGCGUUGAAGAGGAUCUGCAACAGGAACCCGAGGGCCAACGCUGGAAGGCAGGGAAACGGACUGAGCACGACCAGUCACGGGAUGCCCAGCAUGGGCGACAGCGUCAUUCAGAAUCCGAGCACGAAGACCGCUCCGCUGGAAACCAUCUGCUAAGCGACUUCCUCGCUCGAGAUCGCUCGCCCGAUCCU